CGUUGAGGGAAUGAGGGAGGCGGAGAGGAAACAAAAACAAUCGCCCGGGCGCCGCCAUCUUGAGUCUGUUCGCCUCACCGCGCAACUGAAUGGGUAGCUAUGAAAUUACCACAGGGGCGCAGCAAGGGAGGGAGGGCCAUUCUGUGCUGCCAGUUGGGCCUCGGGGGCGGUAGAAGCGUUUCUCUCCCCUUCGCCGCCCUCAGCGGGGAAACCGACUCGGCCCUGCCUCCUCUUCUUCCUCGAAGACGACAGCAGCUUCCCCACUUGGUCACCGAGGAGGGCGCGAAGUUGGGCUCGGCGAGGAGGAGACCCGAGGGCUUGCAGCAGGUUCUUCGGGAGGCCUGAGGAAGAGCUAAGAGGAGGAGGAAGAGGAGGGAGGCUUCUGGUGUGUGUCCCCCUCCCCUUUACGUUGUGUGUGUGGGAGGCUCAAGGGGGAGAAGAGGGUGACUCCUUGCUCGCCUGGAAGGAAGCAGCCUCAAAACAAAAGUCAACUUGCCUCUGCAGCCCCUAAAGAAGAAAAUGGUGAUCCCGUGAAGAGUUGGAUGCGAGAGGUAAAGAAAAAAUAGCCCGGGAGAGCUGCAUGCCUGCAUAAGGAGGACUCUGUGUAUCGGUCUUGCCCACCUCUCUCCACUCCGAAAGAACAUGGUUGUGCAGCAUCGCUCCGCAGCUUCACCCGAGGUUGAGCUCUUCAGGACAUACUCCUCUUCCUAAAAGAGACUGAGGGAGAACCGUGCUUUGUUUUUUUUUUCUUCUCCUCCUACCAGCCCUCCAUUUCUCUCCAUAUGUAAGGAUAUUUUAAUUAGGUGUUGGGGAACCUUUGAGGAUAAGGAACAAUCUGAAAUAUAUCUAUAUACGCCGUCUUCUCAUCCAUGGUCGUAAAAAUGGGAAGGAUUUGAUAAGACAAGUGGAAAUGUGACUGGAUAAGCAAGCACCGUCCUUAACAUUUUUUGGCUUUUCUGGAGAACCGGGUGAACUCUUGUUUCUGCCCUAUUAAUCGAAGUCAGCCUUUAUUAAUAGGAAACGCUGGUAUUUCACAAAUCUCUUUCAAUUUCUUUUAAAAAUUAAUGGAUUAGUUUGUUAUUACUCCUUCCAUCUAAGGCAUGUUUGUGUUGACACUUGAAACUGAAAUGGAACUAUUUCUCACUCAGACACUACAUGCUUUGAAAGAAGCGUGAAGAUGGAAGUAUUGUUUACUAAUAUCUGUACAUCUUGUCGGUUUCCAACGUUCAUGGGAGAUAUCUUAUAGAUCUCAAAGUGAAGAGAUCUGCUUAACACUAAACUGCUUUAUUGCAUUAAUUGAAUUUUUUGCCACUGUUUGUACAGAAGCCAAAUGACGUGAGUGUUCCUAAGUAUAUAUAUCUACAUCAUUUUACUUGUGGGUCUACUAAAAAAGAGCUGGUUAGACUGAAAAUUGAUUUUACUCGUAUGGGACAUGUUACUUUCCAAGAUAAUUUUAAUAAGUGAAAGAGGUAUUGCCAUAUUUGGAAGACCCAGGAAGCUGGAUAUAUAGAAUUUCUUCAUCCUGAUUUUAACUAUUUGGAAAAUGGGAGCUGCUACAAAGUUGGUGUUUGCUGUUUUUCUUAUCUCCUGUUCUUCAGGUGCCAUUCUAGGCAGAUCAGAGACACAGGAGUGCAUCUUCUACAACGCUAAUUGGGAAAAUGAUAGAACAAAUCGCAGUGGCAUUGAAUCGUGUUAUGGUGAUAAAGAUAAAAGACGACAUUGCUUUGCAACGUGGAAGAAUAUUUCUGGAUCUAUUGAAAUUGUGAAAAAGGGUUGCUGGCUGGAUGAUAUUAACUGUUAUGACAGAGCUGAAUGCAUAGAAAGGAAAGACAGCCCUGAAGUAUUUUUCUGCUGCUGUGAAGGCAACAUGUGCAAUGAACAUUUUUUCUACUCUCCAGAGAUGGAGGUCACACAGCCUACUUCCAAUCCUGUUCCACCUAAACAACCCUUGUUCAGUACUUUACUUUAUUCUCUUGUGCCUAUAAUGGGAAUUGCAGUUAUCAUACUGUUUUCAUUUUGGAUGUACCGACACCAUAAAUUGGCAUAUCCUCCAGUACUUGUACCAACCCAGCACGCCUUUCAUAUAAUGAUAGAGGAUCCUGGACCACCUCCUCCAUCACCUCUGAUGGGCCUCAAGCCACUGCAGUUACUUGAGGUCAAAGCCAGGGGGAGAUUUGGCUGUGUCUGGAAAGCUCAGUUGUUAAAUGAAUAUGUGGCUGUGAAAAUAUUCCCCAUCCAGGACAAACAAUCAUGGCAAAAUGAAUAUGAGGUAUAUAGUUUGCCUGGAAUGAAGCAUGAAAAUAUUCUACAGUUUAUUGGUGCUGAGAAACGAGGAACCAACAUUGAUGUUGAUUUGUGGCUGAUAACAGCAUUUCAUGAAAAGGGGUCACUUACUGAUUUUCUGAAAGCUAAUGUAGUCUCAUGGAAUGAACUCUGUCACAUCGCUGAAACUAUGGCUAGGGGUUUGGCUUACCUUCAUGAAGAUAUCCCUGGUCUGAAAGAUGGACAUAAACCAGCUAUAUCCCACAGGGACAUUAAAAGCAAGAAUGUAUUGCUGAAAAAUAAUCUUACGGCUUGUAUUGCUGACUUUGGCCUUGCUUUAAAAUUUGAGGCUGGGAAGUCAGCAGGCGAUACACAUGGUCAGGUUGGCACCCGAAGAUACAUGGCUCCCGAAGUGUUAGAAGGUGCUAUCAACUUCCAAAGGGAUGCAUUUUUGAGAAUAGAUAUGUAUGCCAUGGGACUAGUCUUGUGGGAACUGGCAUCACGAUGUACUGCAUCAGAUGGGCCAGUGGAUGAAUAUAUGUUACCUUUUGAGGAAGAAGUGGGCCAGCAUCCUUCUCUUGAAGAUAUGCAGGAAGUUGUUGUACAUAAAAAGAAGAGGCCUGUCUUGAGGGAGUGUUGGCAGAAACAUGCUGGAAUGGCAAUGCUCUGUGAAACAAUAGAAGAGUGUUGGGAUCAUGAUGCAGAAGCUCGAUUGUCAGCAGGCUGUGUAGAGGAACGCAUUAUUCAGAUGCAAAGACUCACAAACAUUAUAACAACAGAGGACAUUGUGACAGUGGUCACGAUGGUGACAAAUGUGGACUUCCCUCCCAAAGAAUCCAGUCUAUGAUAGUUGCACUGGUCGCACAUUUUGACCAAUAAGACUCUGCACUGGAGCUGCUAAGCUAAGGGGCCUGUUUCUGGUCAACUCUUUUCUGUGUGACAUGCGGAAGGAAUGGUAAGUCUGGCUUUGGAGUGUCAGUGGAACGAUGCUUCCCUACCCUACUCCAGACAUGGAUCCGGGAGACUUACUGCAUUCCUUGUAUACAACGACUGAAGAACAUGGGACUGAGAGAAAAAUAGCAAGAUAAUGUUAACAAACUUAUUUGAAGAAGAACAUGGACCUAUCCUGGCUAGUCAAACAUUUUAAAACCUGACAAUGUAUUUCUUAACAUGUCAGACUAAUUCCUUAAAAUGAACUACUGCUAUUUUUUUUAAAUCAAACAUUUCAUUUUCUGAUUUAAGAAAAAAAGGGUUACUUGUUUUUAUUGCAUUUGCUGUUGUGUUUAUAUAAAUGACUAUUGUAAUGCCAAUAUGACACAGCUUGUGAAUGUUUAGUGUGCUGCUGUUCUAUGUAAUCAAAGUGGGAUCUAGCAAAAAGGCUUCCAAGCAUUACUUAACCUCCCUCAACAAGGUAUACCUCAGUUCCACCUAUGCUUCAUCAUUGGAUUGACAACACUAACAAACUGAGAUAAUAAAUUGAUCCAGAUUUUAAAUGGCGUAUUACAGAUUUACUGUAUUUUUUUAAAAAGAUGGUAAGCUAUGAUUCAUGCCAACAGUCAGUGGCCAUUACUGAAAUUGUGUGUUAACCUUUCCUUGUUCUAUCUUGUGUAUAAAAAUGUAUUGUAUGUUAAAUGGCAAACAUCCCCCAUUUUUAGUUUAAAGCUUUAUUUUACCUCUGGUUCCCAAAAUGUUGCAUACAUUUAUUUUACAAAAUAUUUAGGUUUGCUGUGUCUGAUGGUAAUUUUAAAUUUUCAGCAUGAUUUUUUUUAAGAGAUUUAUGUGAGCUAUGGCACUGGAAAACUGUUCUUUGGAAAGAAGCCUUUUUCAAUUUUAUAUAUGUAAAUGUUUUGCCUCAUGUAUUUUCUGUUUUACUAAACAGGAGACAGUAGGUUGGAUACAGACUGAGGUGUAUGCAAUGAGGCUGGGAGAAGUAGCCAUCCCCUUCUCCAGCUUCCUGGGAGCGCUAUGCCAACUCACUCCUUUUUGGAGGGCAACCAGUGAGUGAGGAAUGGCUAGUGCUGUUGCAUGUGCCAAAUGUUGAAUUCAGUCCAUUCCCCACUGUGUUACUGUUUCAAGAUCACCUCAGGAACCUUCAAUACCCAGAACUCCUUGCUCCUUUGCCUUUUGCAGCUUCACAUUGCUUCAUUUUUGAUCCCCAACUUAUCAGAGUAAUAUUUGUCUGUAAUUCAAUACGUUUUCCCUAUGUCCCAAAAAAAUUAGUUAGGUAAUUGCUUUUUGAAAAAAAACUUACCAUCAGAUAUGCAAUUAUUUCUGUAAAUGUAGCAGUCAAACACAAAUAAAAAGCCCUUCCACAUUAAAUUUAAAUUACUUUAUUUAAUAGUUACAGGCGCUUACAAUAAGAACCUUGCCAUGAAAAUUCUAGCAAAAUGGGCAGGAAUUAGAGAGGUGCCAAAAUACUUUUGAGAAGUAAUAAUACACUACAGUUAUUUGAGCAAUUAUUUGUUUGCAGGCCAAAGUAAGUUAACUCUAAAACUAAAGUGCUGAACCAACAGUAGCCACUAAGUAUUUUGAGAUUCUGGACAGGUCAUUUUUUUAAAAUCAUGCAUUACAUUAUAAUGAGUUUGGGUUGGGUUUCUUUUGUCACAAUCAGAAGUUUGUUGUAAAUGUUUUCUUCUUAACAGUUAUUUAUUAAACCAUGCCGUUUUCUUACAUAUUGAUCUCUGGGAACAAAGAGGAAUUUAUUUAUAAGCAAGAUUUCUUUGUCUAAACUCUAAAACAAGGAGAAUAGAAACAGCUGAGGAGUUUGUCUUUAAGCAACCCAGCCAGGUAUGACGAUUUUUUCUCAUGGUUUUAUGGUAGCCGUAAGACCACUUGGGCUACCAUUAUUUACUCUUGGGCACGUGUUGCUAGUUCCGUUCAUUGACAAACAUAGGAGGACUGUUUCUUUAGUUGUGGUUUUUUUUUUUUAAGUAAAGAGGAAUACUUUACUUAAUACAGCAAUUCCUACACAAGGAGCUGCAUCUAAAAAUACCUGAAUUGUAUAUUUGGUUUCUCCUUAAAAUGUUUAUGCUAGGAAGAUACAGAAAGUGUUAGCAGUGAACAUCCAGAAACAUGUAAAUAUAAAAAAACAUUUAUGUCGCAGACAUAGAUGAAGUGUUUGUUUUGGGAGGUCUCCCCCCAUUCUUUUAUAGAGCAGCUUUCUGUCAAACACAGAUUUACACCAAUAUGACUCAAACCAGGUGGGAACAUUUUUCUCAUGUAUUUUUCCUAAUACAUUUCUCAUUGCAGGUCAUAUAGGGAAAAUCAUCAAAACUGACAAUCAGUGUAAUGCAUCUUCAUAUAUGUAGGUGUGUAUAUAUAUGUAUAUAUAUAUAUAUAUAUAUAUAUAUAUAUAUAUAUAUAUAUAUAUAUAUAUAUAUAUAUAUUACAAGACUCGGAAUCCCUCAACUAACUUAUUUAAUGUUUGUAAAAAGAAUGAUACCACAUGUCAGAAAACAUUUUGACAAAACUCAUUUCUUUGGGUAUGAUCUGUGGAAUUGCUACAAUUCAGACCGUUUUUGUCCAUGUAUAAAAUGACACCUUGCAGGGAAUUUCAAAUUCUUUGUUUCCAGCUCAGCAAGAAAACAGAGAUGGACAUGUUUUACAAGAAUGCUUAAGAAAACAAUAAUUUGUAAAAGUCAAGGGUUUUCUUUUUUUUUCAAAAAAAGAGGAAGGUCUGAGCUGGGGAAGGUGUUCUGUUUUCUGACAGGUAUUGUGAUCAUUGUGGCUUUUUAUAUUUGAAUCAUACCGCUUAUGUGGAUCUGGCCGGCUCUGGUGGUUUACCUUGUAUCUUUGACUUGUGAAGAAAUGCUAGGGCCCCAGCUCAAGCUUUCUUUGUCUUUGGUUUGCCUAUGUCUACUUAGUUGGCUGCCAUACAAUUACCACAGGAAUUAAGACAUUAGCCAGUUCUGUGAUCAAUUUAGACGUCUAAACCCUGCAAUACCUUUUCAGUUUGUGUUAGAUGCUAAGAACUUUAUAUCACAUAAUGCAUGACUACUCUUUGUACAGUUGCUAAAUAUAACUUAGCAUUUCAGAACAGAUUGUGCCUCGUAAUUGUUGGAGUUCCUUGACCUAGCGUUAUCAUUCAUGGUGGUAUUCUGAAAAUGAGUCUGGAUUAAAAAAUACACAACUUUAUACCUUCUUUGAUAGCAAAAUCCAUGUGGAGUAGCUCUUGCCAUAAUUAAGGUGUAAUCUCAGAUGUAGUAGUAAUAAAUAUUGUUCAUACUACAGUUCUACAGAAUAAAUUGCUGAUUGUAGUUUAACAAAGUGAGGUGACUGAUUGGUUGACCUUUUUUCCACUUCUCUUUUUAACCUUUUUAAUGCAUUUUUAUUAGGAAUAUUUGGUAUAAGAUAACAGAAAGCUAUGUACAGGAUUAUGAGCAAAUGAUAAAAUAGUAUCCUUGUUGGAACACCAUUUACCUCAAGAUACUCAACCAGCAGUACUUUUUUUUUAAUGCACACUCAGUCCAUAUAAAAUGUUACCUCUCAAGAUAUUGGUGAGCAAUUAUUUUAGCUUUACUCUGUACAUGUCAGUGUUCUGGGCACAGGUUGUUGUACUACUGUCAAAUUGCUCUUGCUAUUUUUUUGGCAAGUAUUUAAAAAGAAAAUAACCCCAUCCUGGAUAAAAGUGAUUGUGAAAUAUUGUAUAAAUGUAUGCUCUCUCUUUCCCUAUUCCCACAGAAAGAUGAAUAAAAAAUUACGUGACUACUA